AUGGCAGGAUCAUCGAAAGCAAAGGUACAUUCAUCUGCAAUUGCGAUUGAUGACUGUAAUACUGGAAUUGGUAAACAAUUUGUAUCAAUUAAGAUUGGAUUUGAGGAUGUGAAGGAUGAAAUUGAGUAUUGGGAGAACGCUGUGGUUUGUUAUGUUAUAGGUGCGAAUCCACCUUUUCCAGUAAUGGAUGGUUUUGUGAGACGAAUUUGGGGAAAGUAUGGUAUUGACAAAGUAGGAGUUGUUGGCAAGGAUUUCUUCUUGGUAGGAUUGAAAUCACAAGAGCAAAGAGAUGCUAUUCUUAAUGGUGGCUUCCAGUUCUUUGAUAAGAAGCCAAUGGUAGUAAAGGCUUGGCAUCAGGACAUGAAUUUUCAAAAGGAGACAGUGAAGAGCAUACCAACUUGGAUUCAAUUACCUCGAUUGGAUCUCAAAUACAAGGGGGAAUCAUGUCUGUUUAAGCUUGUGGCAGGUGUUGGGAAGCCAAUCAAGCUUGACCAAGCCACAAAGGCUAAAGAUAGAUUGAAUUUUGCUAGAAUUCUUGUUGAGGUUGAUAUUGAUCAACAAUUUCCUAAUUCCAUUAUGUUUGAGAAUGAGAAAGGAGAACAAAUGUGCCAGGCUAUAGGAUAUAAAUGGAAGCCUAUUAUCUAUGGGACUUGUCAUGGUUUAGGCCAUGAAACUGCUCAAUGUUAUCACGAGACAAGGAAGAUAAAGAAGAUAUGGAUUGUGAAGGAGAAACCAGUCAAGAGUGUAGAGGAGUUCACACUGCUUGCUAAUGAGGUGGAGCAUCCUGACAAUGCUGUCACUGUAGAAGAUGAGGAUGAGCUGGAGGCAGAUGAAGAGGAUGAAAGCCAGGAUGGGGAGCCUCCUGACUUCCAUGGAUAA